GUUAUCCAAUUAACAAUUAUUCUUUCGCCACUUCGGAUUUAUUUUAUUGUAAAAUAACAUAAACUAAAACUUCUCUACUACAAAGUUGUAAUUAUUUUAAUAGAAAAUAAAUGUCUUGUCCUUAAUGAAUCGCUCUGUACACACGUGUGACAGGAUGUAAUUUAUGGCGUACGUCGACAAUAUUUUGUAGGUUCGGAAACUCGAGACUUUUGACCAGUUCUCGGUAAACGUUCAGUAUGGUUAAUAUGAUAUGACCUGCAGACUGCAGUUUAGUGCAAACACUCGUCCUGUUAGGUUAACUGUAGCAACUAAGCUAAAAAAAUAUGUUGCUAUUUGUGAUCGAAUCAACAGGUGUCCGACAAAUUUUUUUUUUUAUUAUCAUACAGCGUCAUCAAUUUAACAUUAAAAUUUUGUAUAUUACAUAGCCAAAGAAUAUAAUAAAGAAAUGGAACAACUUUGUGAGGACUACCCCACUCUUUUCCCGUAUGUCAAAAUUAUUGAAAAGAAGUGGUAUAACAAUGUGUUAAAAGACAUUUUUAAUAAAAACCCGGUGACGCUCUAUUGGAUCGACCGUAUCUUGUCCGAGAGUAGUUACCAGGACGCCAAGGGACAGACGAGAUUUUCUUCGGUCAAUCCAGACACGGCGGAGGCCAUUUGGUCAUGGACUUACCGGACACCACUGCACAAGCUGAAAGUAGUGGUCAUCGGACAGGACCCGUACGUGACCAAUCACCCGAACGGAUCGGUGGCCGACGGGCUGGCUUUCUCGACCAAAUGGGGUUAUUUGGCGCCCAGCCUGUCGUGCAUAUUCGACGCCGUGCACCAACAAUGCGGGCCCCACGUUGACUUGACCUACACAAAUUUGGACAACUGGGCCAGACAGGGCGUGCUACUCUUGGACACCAUCAUGACGAGCGGGACCAAGCCCAGGUCGCACAGGGACCUGGACUGGACCGUACUGACUGAAGCUAUCAUACAGUCGGUGUGCAGAUACUCUCUAAAAGUGUUGAAACGGCCCCUGAUAUUUCUCCUGUGGGGAUACUAUGCCAAGUCCUUGUCUAGACACUCGUAUGCAGACGACGGUUCGGUUAUUAAUCCGGUUAUCAAUAAUAACCUCCAUAAAGUGCUCCAAUCACGACAUCCGUCACCCGUGGCUGACCGUUAUUUUCGAAAUACUUUUGCUGAAGUCAAUGACGACCACUUUUUAAAGGUCAAUAGAAUUUUGAACAGUUGGAAUGUCCGAAAAAUCGAUUGGUCGACAAAUGAAAAAAGUAAUUAUUUUAAGUAUUAACGAUUUUUUGGUACGCGGUGGAGACGUUUGACUGCGUACGAUAAUACUUUAGCAAAUACUGAAAUUGCUCCGUCUGUAGACAGAACAAAAUGCCAACGCAUGAAUGCUGUUCUGUAAACAGGAUUUUUACUCAAUAAAUAUUUUAUAUUAUUUUUAUUAUUAUAUUCUUCCUAAAAUUGUAAGCACUCAUUAUUAUUGUUAAAAAGAGAAAAAUAUGUUAUAAGCAUAAUAUUAUGGCGUGCUUUAUAUUAACCAAUCAAAAGUGUUUAAAGUAAAUCGCAUGUUGUUUGACGUCAUAAGUAAUAUUGUUAUUGUACAAUAUGGUAUGUAAAACAUUAUUUGGUGUUAUAUAAAGGUUACCUGAGGUGUCUUAGUUACUUUAUCACUUUUCACAAAAUUUUCAUGUAAGCUAACAGCUCUAUCUGUGUACUAAAAUUCUAUUAGUCUUUAAUAAAUGAUUA